AUGUUCAAGUUGUUGUUGGUGGCGAUCUUGUCCGUCUUCGUGUUUGCGUCUAUCGAUGGUGGAUGGAGACAUGAUCAUCGGAUUCACAAACAGAAAACUCUCCGACAAAAGAUUGACGAGGCUUUUAACCUCUGGGAUGACUACAAGAAAGCGUUCGGAAAAUCUUACGAAGAAGAAGAGGAGAAUGAUUACAUGGAGGCUUUUGUGAAAAAUAUCAUUCAUAUUGAUGAGCACAAUAGAGAACAUCGACUUGGAAGAAGAACAUUCGAAAUGGGCAUGAACAGUCUGGCUGAUCUUCCCUUCUCUCAAUAUCGCAAAUUGAAUGGUUACCGCCACCGUAGGAAUUUCGGUGAUGCUCGUCAGACUAACGGGACCAAGUGGCUUGCUCCAUUCAACGUUGAGGUCCCAGAUUCUGUCGAUUGGCGUAAAAAGGGGCUUGUAACAGAGGUGAAGAAUCAAGGAAUGUGUGGAUCAUGCUGGGCAUUCUCAGCAACUGGAGCGCUCGAAGGACAACAUGCUCGCGCUUCCGGAAGCAUGGUAUCGCUUUCUGAGCAAAAUCUUGUCGAUUGCUCUACCAAGUACGGAAAUCACGGUUGCAAUGGUGGUCUCAUGGAUCUCGCAUUUGAGUACAUUAAGGAAAAUCAUGGUAUCGAUACUGAGGAGAGCUAUCCGUAUGUUGGGAAGGAAAUGAAAUGUCGCUUCAAGAAGAAGGACAUUGGUGCUGAGGAUAACGGAUAUGUGGACCUUCCUGAAGGAGAUGAGGAAGCAUUGAAGAUCGCUGUCGCCACUCAAGGACCUAUUUCUGUGGCUAUUGAUGCGGGUCAUAGAACAUUCCAGUUGUACAAGAAAGGUGGAGAGUUCCUAUACGGAGAAGUAGAUUGUGGAGAAGAGGGUGAUUCCGUCCAUUUCUCCCUAACUGCCGUAAAAUACGGCACGGAAGAUGCGGCGCGUGCACAAGGCUAG